CCCCAGCCAAAACUCCAAAAAAUUUGACUACUUGAUCUGCUCGUUUCGAUUUUCCGGCGAAUAUACUCGCCGGCCGAUUACGCUGCUUCAGUCGAUUUCUUGUUUGGACGAAGAAAAAAAUGUCGAUAUCAAAGAGCUCAAAAAUGCUUCAGUUCAUCAACUACAGGAUGCGAGUGACGAUCCAAGAUGGAAGACAGCUAGUUGGGAAAUUCAUGGCGUUCGAUCGCCACACGAAUCUCGUUCUCGGCGACUGCGAGGAGUUUCGGAAACUCCCUCCGGCGAAAGGCGGUAAGAAGACCAACGAAGAGAGAGAAGUCCGUCGUGCGCUCGGCUUGGUUUUGCUUAGAGGCGAAGAAGUGAUUUCGAUGACAGUCGAAGGACCACCACCGCCUGAAGAAUCCCGAGCGAAAUCAGGCUCCGGAACCGCCGUUUCUGGUCCCGGACUCGGCCGUGCUGCUGGCCGUGGAGUAACGACUGCUCCGCUCGUUCAAGCUCAGCCUGGAUUAUCCGGUCCUGUUCGUGGAAUCGGUGGUCCUUCUCCCGGAAUGAUGCAGCCUCAGAUCUCUAGACCACCACAGCUUUUAGCUCCGCCGAUUAUUCGUCCUCCAGGUCAUAUGCCACCGCCUCCUCCAGCUUUUACCGGUCAAGGUCCUCCUCCGAUGAUGGGAAGAGGUCCUCCUCCACCUUAUGGUAUGAGACCAACUCAGCAGCAGUAUCCUCCUGGUCCUCCUCCGCCGCCUCAGUAUGGUGGACAAAGGCCGAUGAUUCCUCCGCCUAAUGGUAUGAUGAGAGGACCGCCUCCGCCUCGCCCUGGAAUGCCGCCGCCUCCUGGUGGUGGUGUUCCUGUCUUUGCUCCGCCUCGUCCUGGCAUGCCUCCUCCUCCGAAUCCCCAUACUCAGCAACAGUGAUGAGGAGUCACUGCAUCAUCUGCAAAAUUCACAUUCACAGGACUGAGUAUGCACGUCUGCUAGAAUGCUUGACCUUUUUUUCUCCUAGGAACUCGAAAAUCUAUGGGUUCACGUUGGUUAUCUCAUGGAAAAGCAACGGAUUUUAGAAAUAGUGAAUUUGUAGAAGUUACGGCAUUGCUUUAUGAACUGGAUGUAUAAAUUGACUGGAAAUUUUGAUCGCCAUUUUAGGUUAUUUUUGUAAACAACAACUUCUGCAAAGUCUCUCAGUGGUUCAUACACCACUCUGCACUGCACUGAACUAUCUGCAGAAUCACAGCCUCCACCGAGACCUCUGAAGCUAAUGCUCAUGAGCAAUGAGGGAGUUAAAGGAGUUGGAGUAGUCCGCAUUCUAUGAUCUCACACUUGUUGUACAAGUUGACUCUG